AUGGCCGUCUCCGCAGAUGCAGCUGUUGUGGAACUUCUUGAUAGCAGUAACUAUGAGGAUUGGAGUGUAUUGGUUAAAACUUACUUGUUGGCUCAAGACCUUUGGGAUGUAGUGGAAGAAGACGAAGAAGAAGAAGAAGAAGCUGAUGAUAAGUUCAAAGCUUGGAGGAAGAAGAAUGCCACGGCUUUACAUAAAAUCCAAAUUUCAUGCGGGGCGGAAGCUUUUUCCCUCAUUAGGAACACCACUUCAGCCAAAUGCGCUUGGGAUAUUUUGGCAGAAGAGUUCAACUACAACCCAAAACCAAAUGCUGCCAAGCAUGAUCCGUAUCAACCUUUCUUCGCUGCUGUUAAGCUCGGUGAUUGGCGUAAAGCGAAGGAAUUUCUUACCCGAGAUCCCAAUGCAAUAAGAGCAAUAUAUUCAACAGGAGGGACAGCUCUUCACAUUGCAACCAAGUUCGGACAUGAGCAUAUUGUGGAAGAGUUGGUUCAGUCGAUGACACCGGAAGACUUGGAAAUUGUGGAAGAUGAUAAUUGGACAGCUCUUCAUCUUGCUGCAAGAUUAAAUCUCAAAAUGGUUGAAUGCAUGGUUACAAAGAACAAGAAACUACUUGGCAUUGCUGACGGGUCCUACGGUCUGACGCCAAUUCUCGUCGGUGCUCAGUUUGACUUAUGGGAUAUCGUUCGUUAUCUCUACUCCCUCACUCCGAUCCAAGACUUAAUGCCAGAGAAUGGCCCUUAUGGCGCUGGGCUUGUUUGCAUGUGUUUACGAGCCAAACAAUUUGAUAUUGCGUGGGAAUUACUUCAGCGUUGCCCACGAUUGGUAAUUGCUGAAAGUCCGCAGGGAACAUCCCCUAUACAAGUAUUGGCUGAUAUCCCUUAUGCAUUUCCGAGUGGGACGCAGCUCAAAUUCUGGGAAAAGUGGAUCUAUGAUGGUAUACACAUACAACACCCUCCUGCCAUCCCUGAUUUUCAUGAAAAAGUAUAUAGCCUCAUAUAUGGGGUUGAUCAAAGAAAUCUUAUUGCAACAUUUUCAGAUGCUUCUGGAAAUGAUAUGCUACAUCUUGCAGGGAUGCUAUCUCCAACAGAAAAACUUGAUCGUAUUUCAGGUGCAGCCUUGCAAAUGCAGAGAGAAAGACAAUGGUUCAAGGAGGUGGAAAGUAAUGUAGUUUUACCCUCGGGAGUGGGAGCUUUCAAUAACAAGGGUAUGAGUCCCCAUCAACUAUUUACCCAGAACCAUAAUAAAUUGAAGGAAGAAGGAGAAAAGUGGAUGAAAGAUACAGCAACUUCUUGUACAGUUGUAGGUGCCCUCACUAUUACCAUCAUGUUUGCUGCAGCCUUCACGGUUCCUGGUGGAAACAAUGGAGGAACAGGCUUUCCCUUGUUCUUAGAUGAAAAGAUGUUUAUAGUUUUUAUAGUUUCAGACGCUAUAUCACUCUUUUCUUCCACAACUUCAGUGUUGAUGUUUUUGGGAAUCCUUACAUCACGAUAUGCAGAAGACGAUUUCCUAAAAUCCUUACCCACAAAGAUGAUAAUCGGCCUUUCAACACUCUUUAUCUCCAUCGCUUCCAUGAUGGUUGCCUUUUGUUCUGCUCUUUUCCUUAUGCUUCAUGAAAGACUAUGGAUUGUCAUUCCAAUCAUUUUCCUCGCCAGCAUUCCAGUCACCUUAUUUAUUUGGAUGCAAUUUCCCCUUCUUGUUGAGAUUUUCAUUUCAACAUUUGAGUUGUUGGUGUUGCUAUGUACCCUCCGUUUGGAUGAAGGAAUUGAAAAUUACAUAGAAUUCUUUUACAAAGAUGUAGUUUCAGGGUAUAAAGGCCUAGUGUGGUAUAUUUGUUAG